AUGGUUGACCAAGGUUACAGAAGAUUAGCUAACAAACCUCUUGAUCGAGCUCCUUCCAAGAGCCCUACUUCCAUAGGAACAGUCUCCGUUCCGAUAAUUCUUUCUCCAUCCAUUUCACCAAAGAGGUUCCAAGAGGCUUUUGCUUCAACUCCUCCACCUCCCACAACCAAAAAGCUGAAAAUCGACGAGGCGGUAAAGAAGCCAGACUGUGCAGAAAAAGCGCAUGUUGCCCCCAAGCUCGAUGGACAUUUGCAAAACAUGGAUUCCACUGACCUCCAGGUCCAGAAUGACUCCUUGUACAAACCAAAAAUCAAAAACCUGACCGUCAAGCAUGCCAAGAAACAUUUUAAGCAUAAGUUGCUUCAAGUUGAACUUGCCAAGGCGAAUGAGUUGAUCAAGCGGCUAGAGGAUAAGGUUAAUGACCUGCUUGUCGAGCAAGAUAAGAGAGAUGCUGAGCACAAGGUUACCCAAGCUGAACUUGCCAAGGCCAAUGUUUAUGUCAAGCUACUAGGGGAUAAGGUUGAUGACUUGGGCUACCAGAUUUCACGAUUCCAGCUUGAGUUUUCAUCUCGGGACGCGGAAAUUGAGCUGCUGAAGGCUAAACUGGAGGAGAAGGUCGAGGAAAUCGAGGGUCUUGAGGAUUUGAAUAAACAACUCCUUACCAAAGAGCUCUUGAGUAACGACGAGCUGCAGAAUACCCGUGCAGCAUUAAUAGAGGGCUACAGCAACAUGUUUGGUAGGGGCAUUACAAACAUUAAUAUAAAGUGUAUGGGAAAAAUUGAUGAGGAAGCCUUUGAGAAUACUUGCAUGCAGAGAUUCCCACAUACAGUUGCUGAGAUUAAGGCUAUGGAGCUCUGUUUCCAAUGGCAGGAAAAACUGGAAAAUCCAGAAUGGCACCCAUUUAAAGUCAUUCAAAUUGAUGGGAAGCACCAGGAAAUUAUGAAUGAGGAUGAUGAAGUACUACUCAAGCUUAAGGAAGAAUGGGGUGAUGAAGUUUACCUUGCUGUUACAACGGCACUGAAGGAACUAAAUGAAUACAACCCAAGUGGCCGGAGACGGUGGGUCAGAGAUGGUGGGGGAGGUGCUGGUGUCGUUGGCAAGAUGAAGGGAGGACAGCAGCGAGAUCCGGUUCAAGCUGUCCAAAAACGGGAAUUAUGCUUCCUUGAAAUCUCAGUUCAUAAACCUGCUCUCUGUCCAUGGUUUACUGAUAUACGUCGUUUGAUUACUUGUCUUGCUGAAACUAUUCCAACAACAGAAAGAAACAAUGCAGCUUUGGUUGAGGCAAGACCAACUUGUAUUGUUGGACAUUCAAGCAUCAAUUAA